CUCGUCUUUUCUCUCCCCCUUCCUCCAUCCCCAUCAUCAACCAUCCCCCUUCCUUUGACCUGGAGCUUUCCAUUCUUCUUCUUCUUUCUUCCCAAAGUGUUUAAUCAUCUUUGGGCUUUUGUCGAGUUUCCUGGACACCUCGUCUUGGUUACAAUCCCCAGCGUCGAUCGUUGAGUUUUUUCUUCUGUGCUCUGCUGGGUUGGACGUGCGUCGCGCGCUGUGAUAAUAAUCUAUUUCACUUUUGCUUCACAACAACUCUCACCUUAAUCCUUCCUUCUUUUCAAUUUCUGUCAUCAUGGCUACAGAGUAUGAUCACGAGAACGGUCGCUACGACGACGAGCCCCGUUAUGAACGCAACCGCAGCGCAUCUCCUCGCGACGAGCCCCGGGGUGACCGCGACCGCAGCCGAUCUCCUAAUGGCCGCAUGGAUGACCGCAUGGAUGGCCGUCCUCCUCUUGCCGACCCCCGCAAGCAAGCUCUCAUGGAAGAUGAAGAGGGUGCUGUCAACACUGGCUCCAACCUUUUCGUCACUGGCAUUCACCCCCGUCUGACUGAAUCCGAUAUCUCGCGCCUUUUUGAGAAGUACGGUGAUGUCGAGAACUGCUCGAUCAUGCUGGACCCUCACACCAAGGAAUCCCGUGGCUUUGGCUUCGUCAAGAUGGUUACCGCCGAGCAGGCUGAUGCCGCCAAGGAGGGCCUCCAGGGUGAGGUCAUUGAAGGCCGAACUCUGAGCAUUGAGAAGGCUCGCCGUAGCCGUCCCAGAACUCCUACCCCCGGCAAAUACUUCGGUCCCCCCAAGCGUGAAUUCCGUGGUCCUCCCCGUGGUGGCCGUGGUGGUGACCGCUACGAUGACCGCCGUGGCGGAUACGGAGGUAGCUGGCGCCGCCAUGAUGACUACCGCUACGGCCGUUACGACUCCUACAGUGACCGCGGUGGCCGUGACUACGGCGGUCGUGACUACCGUGGUGACUACGGUCGCCGCGACUAUGGCGGCCGUGAUGACUACGGCUACCGUGGCGGCGGUGGUGGUAUCGACCGCUACGCUUCUCGUGAGGACCGUUACAGCCGUGACGACCGCCGGGAUGACCGCCGAGGAGGAGAUGACCGUCGCAGCUACUACGACCGUGAUGCCAACCCUCCCAGCUAUGAAGCGGCCCCCCCUGCCCGCGACGCUUAUGCUAGCCGCUCCUAUGAACCCCGUGGUGGCGAAGACAGAUAUGCUGCCCGGUAGGUGAGUGAACUGAUGAUAAAAUCCUCGGUCCUCGUACCCAGUUGAAGCACCCAACGCUUUAGUUCUUGCUUUUAAACACGCCCAUUUUUGAUUCUGCUCUACCCCCUCUGCGUUUCUUUCACGAUGUUCAAUUCUCUCGUGUCCCUUAUGGUUUCUCUUUUUCUAUUUAAUGCGGUAUCCCUUUCAGUCGACGAGCGACGGUGAGGCGUCGUUAUUUCUGUUUUCAUCCUACACCAAUAAGCAAAGAAAAAAAAAAAAA